AUGACUGAAAUUAUCGUUGCUGACGACCAGAUUGAAGUCCUCGACAUGCUGAUUCGAAGCCUGCGAGACGACACGCGCACUGUCCAUGCUUUCUCCACCGGACGCGAAGCUCUCGCGCAUCUCAAACAGCAUCCCGAUCAGAUUAGCCUGGCCAUUCUCGACCUCGAUUAUGGCCCCGACGAGCCCGAUGGCCUCGAAAUUUUACCGCAAAUGCUCAACGUAGUAUCCGACCUGCCCGUCAUUAUGCUUACCGGUCAGGGCACAAUAGAUACUGCCGUGGCUGCAUUGCGACUGGGCGCAACAGACUUUAUCGAAAAAGACUUUUAUAUAGAAGACAAAAUCGAACUCAGCCUUAAAAAACUCGACCGCGUGUAUCAAGCACUUAAGGAAAAUGCCCUACUGCGGGCCGAAGUUCAAGACCUGGGGCGUGAAAACCAAUUCUACCGAGACGAAUUUGGCAAGCGUUAUCAAAUCAUCGGCUCCAGCCCCAAACUACAGCAAAUUCUCCAGCGAGCGCAAACCGUAGCCCCCAUCCCCCGGCCCGCGCUCAUCACAGGCGAACCCGGAACGGGCAAAGAACUCGUCGCCGCUGCCAUCCACUAUGGCAGUGACCGCAAAGACCGUCCCCUUGUCAAAGUCAAUUGCGCUGCCAUUGCCGACCAAUUGCUCGAAAGCGAACUCUUUGGACACGAAAAAGGAGCUUAUACAGGCGCAACAGAAGCCCGCCCGGGCAAAUUUGAAGCCGCGAGUGGCGGCACCCUAUUCCUCGAUGAAAUUGGCAACACCACCCCCGAAUUUCAGCAAAAUGUGCUGCGCGCCAUUGAAUAUAGAGAAAUUCAGCGCGUGGGCAGCGCGACCCCCAUCUUUGUCGAUGUGCGCGUUAUUGCCGCCACGAAUACCGAUCUCGAAACGGAAAUUGCCGAAGGCCGAUUCCGCCAGGACCUCUACGACAGAUUGCGCUUUGAAGUCCUGCACAUGCCCCCAUUGCGCGAACGCCGCGAAGACAUUCCCGCAUUAGCCGAUUAUUUUGUCGUGCAAAUCGUUGAGGAAGUACCCGGCCUUCAAAAACGCAAUUUUUCCGAUGCGGCAACAGAACGCCUGAUGACAUAUCGCUGGCCGGGCAAUGUGCGCGAACUCAAAUUUGCGGCCGAACGCGCGGCUUGUGUCGCCCGUGAAACCGAGAUUGAACCCGGCGACCUGCCCCCCGAAAUUUCUCAACAAGCGCCCCAAUCAUCUGAAUCGAGCGACGACUUUGAAUCACAAGUACAAUCCUUUGAACUGAGUCUAUUGCGGCGCAUUCUCAAUACAGUCUCCUGGAACCAGCGCGAAGCCGCCAAACAACUCAAACUCAGCUACGACCAAUUUCGUCACCUGUACCGCAAAUACAAACUCAACAAAGAAAAACCCUGA